UUCUACUCUUUCCUUCCCCUUCCCCUUCCCCUCUCUGAUUCCUCCCCACCAUGUCCUACAACGGAAUCGGACUCACGUCUGCGCGCGGCACGGGCACCAACGGCUACAUCCAGCGCAACCUGUCGACCAUCAAGUGGCGGCCAGAGUCUGCCCAGGCGCGCCACGACGAGCUCUCGCAGCAGCAGAAGCACCGCCUCGACCGCGACCUCCACCGCGAGCCAAACGCCGAAAUCCUCGCUCACGAGCGCAAGCGACAGGUCGAAGUCCGCUGCAUGGCGCUCCAGGACGAGCUCGAAGAGAAAGGAAUCAAGGAGGCCGUCAUCGAGUCGCGCGUCGCAGAGCUGCGAGAACAGCUGCUGAGCGAACUGCAGAGCGAGACGGCCGCCGCACUGCUGCCGCAGCAGCAGGGCAACCAGCGGCUAUCAGAAACACACCAGCUGGCUGCGGCACAGCAGGCCAAGAACGAGCGCACGCGAUCGGCGCUGGGCAUCGAGGAAGGCUACGUCGAAGGAAGCGCGUUCGAUCCCGAAACACAGCAGCGCAAGCGUGAAGAGCGCAUUGCGCAGCGCGAGGCCCAGCAAGCUGCAUACGAAGCCCAGCGGGCGGUUCGCGAGGCAGAGCGGGCGGCCCGACUGGCAGAGCGGGAUGCACGCGAUGCCGAACGUCGCCAGCAGCAGCAAGAGCAAGACCGCGAGCGUCGCUCACGUCGCAGCGAGGACAGUGACGCCGCCUCAAAGAAGAGCGAUGCCCCCGAGGCAGGUGAAGCGAAUCGAGGAGAAUCUGCUGCUCCACGACACGAAUCCAAGCGACGACGAUACGACUCGGAAUCGAGCACUGUGGCGCGCCGUCGAUCGCCCUCUGCGUCACGCUCGCGGUCGCGGUCGCGGUCUCCAUCUCGCUCCCCAGUGCGUCGCGGCCGCUCCCGUUCUCCUGCACAGCGACGAGCACAACGAUCUCGAUCGGGCUCUGGCUCGCGUUCUCGUUCUCGCUCGCCACCAAGUCGGUCGCGAACCUCUCGGCGUCGGUCGGCAUCACGGUCUCGAUCCCGCUCGCCAGUUCAGCAGCGACGAAAUCGCUCUCCAUCGCCUGCGGCAGCUGAAGCGCCAAGACGGUCGGUGGCACGCUUGUCACGACGCGGUGAUUCGUCUCCACCGCCGCAGCAACAGCCCCCACAGCCCGAGCCUGUUCAACAAGAGAAAGAGGCAGAAAACUAAAAGUCGCUGAUUGAGUUUAGGUUUUGCGUAUUGGCGCCAUUCAGGGCCAUGGACAGUUGCGGGAUUGUUUUCGGCUUUUGUUGCUCUGAUUCUUUUGUUUUGAUGCCCCCCUCGUUUUGAAUACACCCUUGUACAACA